CUCCGUUUGACCUAUCAACCAACCUCGACACAGCUGAGGAUCCUACCAGCCCGACGAGUAGCGAGACUCGAGGGGCGGAUAAAUCAAUCUUUUCAUCUCUGGCCUGGAUCUCUACGACCGUAUUGCGAAACAGGCCGAAACACACAACUUAAACACACGAUGCUGAUCGAGCCUGGCGUCGACCUCUUGAUCCGCUUUGUGACUACGGCUACUUUGUCAUAAGACGAUCGAGAUACCAUCUGGCGACGGCAAGAGAGGAGGAAAAUAAAGAGGGAGGAAGUCUAGUACGACAAGUGCCUGGUCACAUAUCGAAGUUUACUAUCUCAACAUCACCACUGCAUCUACACAUACCAAUCGCACUUUCAAUGUCCUGUGGCGUCGACUCCUGCGGAGCGCCAAUUCCGACUUCGCCCAUCGGCACCCUAUUCUCCCUCUCGCCAUUCAUCGCUACCUUUGCCAUUGUCAGCUCGGUAGUAGCCGGUAAGGUGUUCCCGAAGCUUUCCCGCGUACAAGACGACCGCGAUGAUGGCGAAGGCCACUAUCUGCCCCCCUCAGCGCCUCUGAGCCUGCAACAAGCACACGCCGAGCGCGGGGCCCGAUCAAUGCGCCGCCGAGUAGCCGCCGUGACGUUCUCCGCUACGAUAGGCCUGGCCGCCGUACUUGGAGAGCUCAUCCUGGCCGAGAUCUCGGAUCUUGUCAGUGCCCACGCCCGCGCCGUCGCCCUGCGGUUCACGGUGCCGACGCUCCUCUUCAUGCUCGUGGUCCUCAUUCCGUUCCUGGAGCUGCAGUCUGUCGUGCGCACAGCCAAGGGGCGCGUCCCACGCAUCGCCUGGACCUUGCAACUCCUCGGCUUCGGCGCAUGGCUCUUUCUGUUCUGGUCUAUAGGCAAGGCGGUGCCCCGUCCUGACGGGACCGAGUACCUCUGGGGGAUAGCAAGCAGCGAUGGGGCCGCCUUCGACAGCACCGCGCUGACCAUCGGCCGGGCCGAGGCCAAAGCCGAGUCCGUAGGCGACGUUCUCUUGGGCGGUAGGCUCGCCCGCGCGUGCCUCGAGCGUAUCGGCGUAAUCGGCAUCCUGUUGAUGGCUUUGCUUUCCGGCUUUGCCAGCGUUUCGAGCCCCUGGCACACCUUCGCCGACAACCGGGCCUUCCGCAAGCGGCCCAUCACCGAUAUGGACAUUACGCGCAAGCAAGCUGGGCUGGACGCAACGAGUGAGAUGUUGGCCACCAAGCGACACCGCCUGCGCUCUCUUCAGGACAAGCUAGCCUGGCGGGCCGAAGCUUCCAGCCACAACACUGCGGGCAACGGCAACGGCAGCAGUACUCUAGUCGGCAAAAUGCUCGGCUCCCUCAAAGGCCUAGCCACGGGCUCAUCAGCCGAAGCAGCCGAGAUCAAGUCCCUUCAAAUGGAAAUCUCCGGUCUCGAAACUUUGGAAUCCAACCUGUCCUCCUCGCUCUCCAUCCUACGCUCACGGCAAGCCGCGCACGCCCGCGACGGUACACCCCUAGGCCGUCUCCUGUCCUUGCCAUCCUACAUCUUCAGCAUCUACUGCAUCUACCGCGUGCUCGCCACGACAUUAACCACCCUUCGAAACCACCGCUCCUUCUUCUCCCUCCUUUUCUUCUCUUCUACCACCCCCUCCUCCUCCUCAGGAGGGUUCACGGGAGGAAGCACAUUCUCCUCCACGGACCCCAUCAACCGCUUCCUCUCCCUUCUCGCCAAGCACUGGGAUCCAAAACUCGACCAAGUCGCUUGGGCACGGCAAAUCUCCUUUCUCCUCUCCGGAGUCAUCCUGUUAGGUUCCGCCAACUCGGUCAUUGUCACCUUCCGCAUCUUUGCCAAGUGGAUGCCAGGUCUACUGUACCAAGCGCAGGCGAACCUGGCCCUGUUGACGGCCCAAAUCGCCGCCACGUACGUGAUCAGCUCGGCGCUGUUGUUGCGGAGUAAUUUGCCAAAGGAGGUGGGGAGGAGUGUGGGAGAUGCGCUGGAAAGCGCCUUGGAGCCGGGAUUUGUGAUAAGUUGGUAUGAAGCGUGGUAUACGGUUGCCAGUGGACUUACGGUGUUGGGGAUUUGGGUGGGGCGGAAGAUGGGUGCGGGCACUUAUAAUUCUGCUGGAGGAGGAGGGGGCUGGUCAGGGCUGGAUGAGUGGGAGGAGAUUGGCGGGGAGGAGAUGGGUGUUGGGGCUAAGAGGUCGUAAUGGUCAAAUGUUAUGUGAUGAAGUGUAUUGGGUAUGUUUUCCUUUGUAACGAUAAUUAAUGGUAUGAAGGGUCAGUCGGGUCAACGGGAGGCGCUGGAGGAGUAUUUUGCUUGUAUCAGAUAACCUGGUGUUCAAGGGAUGAUUUAUAUAUCCUUCUGGCUUGGGGUAUACCAGGUACCAAUGGACUGCUCCAAUAAGCCGUGGUUUAGAAUACAACUAAGCUUCGCGAUCUCCCGAGA